CCACACGCAUACUACUGUGCCAGUAAAUAUCUUCGCUUCCCCACCGACGGCGUCGCCCUCCGCUCUCUAGCUUCCUCCUCACCUCCCAGGCGCCGGUGGCCUCCUCCGGCGAGCCAGCGAGAUAGGCGGGGCCGGCCAGAUCCGGCGGCCUCUUGCUCGGGCCAUGGUGGCGCCAGCCAGAUCUGGCGGCCUCGAGCUCCAUGCGGCUACGGCGAGCGGCGGGCGCGCGGCCGGAGCGUCGCCUGCGGGCGCGUGCAGUAGCAGCUCCCCACCCCCACCCCACGACGGAGCAGGGCCCCGCCUCCGACGGCGGGCCUGCGCGCGGGGCGGCAGAGCAGGGCUUCGCCCCCGUGGCGGGUCUCGCGCGCGGCGGCCGCGUCCUUGUCCGCCUCGUCGACCUAGGCGCGCACGGGCUCCUCCACCGCGUCCUCCCGAGCUCGCCUCACCGGCACGCCUCCAGCUUGGUCCUCCUGCGGCGGCGCCCCUGCUCGAGUCCCGGGCCCUCUCCGACGCGCCGCUCGCCGCGGCGGUCUUCCGUCUCUUUGUGGGCCGGCUGGCCGACAUGGCGCGGCGCUCGCUCUCGGACCGGCGGCCGUGGACGGAGCUGCUAGACCGCUCGGCCUUCUCCCGCCCGGACUCGCUCUCCGAGGCCACCUCGCGGCUGCGCCGCAACCUCGGCUACUUCCGCGUCAACUACGCCGCCAUCGUCGCCUUCUUGCUCACGGCCUCGCUCCUGGCGCACCCCUUCUCCCUCCUCGCCCUCCUCGACAUCCUCGCCGCUUGGUGCUUCCUCUACGCCUUCCACCCCUCCGACCAGCCCGUCGUGCUCUUCGGCCGCACCUUCACCGACCGCGAGACGCUGCUCCGCCUCGUCGUUGCGUCCGUGCUAGCCUUCUUCCUCAGCACCGUCGCUUCGCUCAUCAUCUCCGGGCUGCUCGUCGGGGGCGCCAUCAUCCCCGCGCACCGAGCCUGCCGCAUGCCAGAGGACCUCUUCCUUGAUGAUCCCAGCGCUGCGUCCAGUGGCAACACCACCACCAGGCUGCUAUCCUUCCUUGCGUCGCCCAGAUCUGGGGUUUGACGCCUCCACGACUGGUAAUAUCCAGUCAAAUCAAAGUCUUAAAAUCGGGAGAGCUCUGGCCCCGUAGCUGCAGCAGAGAGCUUGUGGUUCCUAUGGUACUUAACUUGCCGUGACAAUUGGGAGCAACUUCUGGAGAGCAUCCCAAUAAUAUCUGAGAACAACAGGGUUGCUGAUUCAGCAUUUGGUCCUACUAUGAAGGUACUGUCAUCUUUAGAAUGUGACCUUUUGUGUUUCUCCUUUUUGUACCACUAUUUGUUUUCAGGCGAUACAGUGUUUGUGUCUAACAGCUGCACUAGCAUUUCAUCUACGUCACCAGUUCGGUACACAUUUUCUUACAAAAAAAGCUAUUUGACUGUGAUUAAAGUAUAAGUUUCUUGCAGAAGUUUAUCAUCAUCUUAUUCUGUUGGUGUUAUCUGUUUCAAUAGACCAAUUUAUUCUGACCAUCAUGUUGUGUGCGGGUAGUCAGGUUUUUUGAUAAACGAAAUUGUUUAUUUGAUGGGUGGAAAGGAAACAAAUUUAUUCCAGCUUUCUUUACAAGUGUUGACACAUUAAUUGUCAUUCUCUAUUGCUUAGCUGCUGGUCAUGGCUUUCCUUGAACAAAAAAAUGCCUGAUAGCUGAUAAUAGGCAUGAAACUGACUUUGAGAAUGGCAGAAAAAAAUAGUACAACUGCCAGGCCUCACAUAUAUAUAUAUAUUAUUUUCUAAUUGGUUUAUUAAAAAUGGAUACUCUUAAUGCUGUGUUAUUGGUGCUUUGCAGUUCUACCAUCCUUGGGAAUAAGUUCGUUGCCUGCUAGGUAAGCUUAAGUUAGAUCAAAUAUUUGAACUGGAAACAAGGUUUCACUCAGUUUUAGUGGUAUUAUGAGUCUGUGUACGUAACACAUAAUCAUAUUUGGCAGGUCCCUUCCAUUUUUCCCUCUGUUAAUAUUGCACCUUACUUCUUUUGGAGCCCUGCAGAGCUAUGUGUUCCUGCUACUGCUGAUGCCUUCCUGUAUAAAUGAUUUUGUUGAGUUCAUGCCAUUUAAAUCCUUGACCUCAAUAUUUUGUGUUGCCACGUACUACUGUAAAUAAUAUGUUUACUUAUGCUGCAAUUAUAUCAAUUUGCAGUGCUUGAGUCCUUAAAAAAGUAGUGUCUUUUUUGUUUCUUUUCUUCUCCAUUGUUGUAUCAUUUUCAGUAUACCUUUUCCAAAACCUAUUAUGUUGCUCUAUGUUGUUCACCUUCACAGCAGAGUACCUAUUUCCAUCA